AUGAACCCGAUCGACUUGCGCUUCACCGAUGCCAUCGCCAAGGGCGACGAGGCGACGGUCGUAUCCUUUCUCGAGGCCGGCGACGUCGACGUCAACGCGCCCGACCGCGACGGCGACCUGCCACUGCGCACAGCAGCCAAGAAGGACCAGUUGGCCGUCGCAGAGCUCCUCGUGCAUUACGGAGCUGACGUCAAUGCGACCGACGUCUAUGGCUGGAGUGCGCUCCACGAAGCGGCGCUCAACGGAUCCGACGACAUGGUCCGCACGUUGCUCAAGCUCGGCGCCGACAAGAAUCUGCGCAACGAGGACGGACAGACAGCGCUAGACGUCGCGGUGCAGUUUGGCCACGCGCCCAUUGUCGACGUGCUCUGCGAAGGCCACUCGGCGCAGACAGGCUUCUACUGA